CUUGCCUGGGCAAAGAAAGAGUUGACACUUCCGCUCUAGGUUGAACCAGAAGUGUUAGGUUGUCAACAGAAGAUACGCUUUAAAUAUUUAGGUUCGAAAAAGCUGAAUUGCAUGGUAUCUGGGAAAGUCUAGUAUAUGAGAAUGAAAUUAAAACACAACUGCUGGACUAUGUGUCAACUUCCAUGUUAUUCUCCAACAGAAGUGUGGACAGCAACCUUAUAGCCUGGAACAGGGUUGUGCUUCUGCAUGGUCCCCCGGGAACUGGGAAGACAUCAUUAUGUGAAGGUUUGCCUCAAAAGCUUGCAAUUAGACUCUCACAAAGGAAUCCUAAUGUUGUAAUAUUGACAACAUCAAACGUCACAGAGAAAAUCGAUUUGGCUUUCGUAGACAGAGCUGAUAUUAAGCAAAAUAUUGGCCCACCAUCUCCUUCAGUAAUCUUUAAGAUAUACCUCUCCUGCCUGAAUGAGCUAAUGAAGACAACAGCUGCUGACACUGAGAGCUGCAGAUGCUUGCCUUCUUGGAGAGCAAAGUAUCAGAGGUCAGUCUCCUCCUCAGUAGAAUUGCACACCUGCAAUGGAGAGCUUCUGGACCCUGUUCCACAAUCCAAAAAGUCACUACGUCAUGGAGUUCUGUGCAAAAACUCACUACAAGGCAGUGGUUUAAGUGUAGUUGCAGGCUAAAGCAACACAGUAUGGAAAACUACUUGUCCUAUCUUCAUAAGUUUCUGUCAUGUUUUACUUGUUGCCGGGCACUGUACCUUUUUAAAUAAGUACAUUUUCUUCAGUGGUUACCACACAUAAUCGAUGACAAAGAUGGUAACAGUUUACAGAUGUAAAGCAACACAGUCUUCCACCUGAUUCUUUAAAUAGAAACCAGAGCUUUUUCAGAAAUGAAACAGCAGGUGUGUUCUUGUCUUCCUUCAAAUUUGUUUUUCAUCCUUUCAUUUGAUUUGUAUUUUUUUUUAGUAACAGUGUUUGCAGGCGCAAAUGUUAGUGUGAUGACUUUCUUAAAUGGUCUUUACCACUAAAGCAAGACACUAACCAAUUCGACAAUUGGGAAUGUGAAUAUUUUUUUUUUUUUUUUUUUUUUGUAUUUGUUUUGUAGGAAAAGUAAAGGGUUAAGUGGCAGAGCGCUGAGGAAGCUUCCUUUUUCAGCUCAUGCUCUUUAUAUCCAUGUACUCUCUGUGUUUUUUUGUGUAGCUCAGCUGUGGACUAAUGGAAAUGGUGGACUAAUGGAAAUCAUGGACAACCUGAGAUUUAAGGGUCAGAAAUAAACAUAUGUUCCAAUUACAAUUAGAAAAUUGAUCAAACAUUUUCUUUAAUCAGGUUGGUUAUAUGAGAUCCCUAAUCUCUAUGUUUAAUCCUCCUUGCUGUCCUUUAUGUUCAAUUUAUUUAUUGAAGUUUAGCAUAGCUAAUAAAGUAAAAAAAAAAAAAAAAAAAAAAGUGAAUAGUGUUUGCUGUCAGUGGAAAUACAUCUGUUUGGUUUGCAGUUGAAUUACAGCUUGCAUUGUUUAAAAUAAUGUUUUGGGAUCAAAUAGGUAUGUUAGUCAUGUCAUUUUUGUUCUAAUGUUGCUGUUUUAUGUCCUUAGGCCCCAACAGUUACACUGGAAAAGUUUCUUGAAGCUCUGCCCCUGGCAGUAGAUAAACAGUUUGAAGACAGGACAAACCUGACAAACUGUGUGUGAGAUGUUUGCGUUGACACGCUUUUGUUCAAAUAGGUUAUUCCUUAAGAAGACAAUUAUAUAUAUAUAAAGAUAUCUCAUGAUGUCUAACUAUUCCAUUUCUUUGGCAUUCUGAAUGGUUAAAAUCAUUCACAGGUUUUUAUGAAGAUUUGUUGUUAUGCUAUCUAAAAACAGUUAAGCAUUGUACUAAAUGUGCUGAAAGCUUUUUUUGUUGUCAAAAUAUGUCUUACACAAAAAACAAAUGAAUCAGUCACAUCCCAUUUGUGUAAAAGUGCAUGCUACAUUUUUUUUUGUGUCACCCAUUUAUGUUGCGAGUAACAGAAGUAUUAACUAAACCUGAAGGGUUAUAGAAGUAUCUCGUUCAAUAAAAAAACAAAAAAAUUAUAUGUACUCUUCAAUCCACUAUUUGAAAGCCGAAUCCUAUAAAUGCAGGAGCAAAUUAAAACAAGAAACAUUAAUCUGAGAUAUUUGUGGAAUAAAAGAAACAGAUAUUUAUGCUGCAUAAUACAAUAUGGUUUAGGGGCCAUCCAAAAUUAUUGACAUUUUCUGAUAGUGUUUUUCCACUUUGGAAAUCCUUGUGCCAAUUAAAUUACAGAUUAUGAUCCUGUUGCAUGACACAGAGAAAAACAUCCCCACGUUUGUGUACAACAUAGAAUACAGUAAACCUGUCAAAAGUGUCUAUUUUCACUUUCUCUACAGUGAGUAAUUGCAUUUUCAUUUACACUUUUUUGGGUGGGGCUUAAAAAAGAGCAUGCUAUGUACGCUUGCAGUAAUUGAUGAUAAUUUUGGAUGACCCCUUACACACCAUGGCCAGUUACAUUUUGUCUAUGUGGACUAACUUUCUCUGAGACCAAAUACUAGCCAAUACAAGGUAUCGCAACCUGUUCAGGGAUUUCAUUAUUUUGGUACCAUGUACCUAAUCUAGUAUGUUUAUAACUGAGCAGCUAUGUAGUAAUGUAAACAACAAACAUGCAUGCUCCGGAUGUACUUCAGUUGCAAAGUGGCUAUUCUCUUUCU